GCCGAGCUGGAGGUGCAUCAGGGGGCCGUGUUGCUUGGCUAGGUCGGCGAGCCGGCGGUGGAUUAGGGCGGCGGAGGUGGCGAGCUGGUGGAUGUUGCCGAUGAUGGGGAGCUUCCAUGGUCCUGGAGGCAGGGGAUAUUGGGUGGUUUUGUUCUUCUUCUUUGUUUUGAGAAGAUGGGAUGUGAGGAUUAGAAGUAGGGUUAAGAGGAGGAUGAUUAUGAGGAGGAUUAGUGGGUUAAUGGUGCUUAAAGGGAUGAUG